AUGAACAUUCUGAUUUUAAAUCUGAGUAAAGUGGACCUUAGAUGUGAUCAAAUCGUACUUACGGUUGUAUUCCUCACGCUAGGUAUUGGUCUAUCUGGAGCAGCGUACGCUGGCUAUGCAGUAAGCUACCUAGAUAUUGCGCCAACUUUUGCUGGACAGCUGAUGGGUAUUGGCAAUACCCUGUCGUGCAUCGCUGGUAUCUUGGGACCAAUAAUUGUUGGAGUUCUUACACCGCAGGCAACAGAGGAAGAAUGGCGGAGGGUAUUUUUCAUAACCGGUGGAAUACUCGUUGUUGGGCUGAUCCUAUACUGCGUUUUUGCGACUUCUGAUGUACAGCCUUGGGCUAAAACGGAGAAAAUUGACGAAAGCAGUAAGAAGACGAACCAAAAGGCUGAUGAUGGUGGUACAGUUAAAGAAGACAAUGCUACAACAACCACGGAAAAUAAGAAAAACGGUGAUGUUGCUACUGGUUUUGCUGAUAGUGAGCCUUCCAGUGUAACCCCGGAUAGCUGA